AUGGGUGCCGUGACCCCUCUCUGCCUGGGCAGGAUGCUCAUGGUGUCGCACAGUGUGCGCUGGCUGCACAUGUGCACGAGCCGUGGCCGGUUUUCCUGGGCCUUCCCAGAAAGGAAAGGAAGCUCGCUGCAGCUCCUGCCAGGCACCACCUUCCUGUGUCUGGAAGCCUGCCGUGGACAAACUCCUGUAGCAAGUGUUGGUGCAGACUACUGUCUUAACGGCCCUGACACUAGAGGUGCUUUGUUCUUGAGGUUAUCCGACACCUCCCCUGAUGCCCAUGAUCUUUCCAAGAUCAUGGAGAGUAGUCUCACUAUGGUAUUGGACUGCUCUGUCAGCACCCUCAGAUCUUCUCUGCCUUCUAAUUUGGAGAUAAGGCAACUGGAAGAUGGGACUGAAGGAGUAUUUGCUCUGACUCAGCUAGUGAAACGUACCCAGUUUGGCCCAUUUGAAUCCAAGAGAGUUGCCAAGCUGGAAAAAGAAUCAGUUUUUCCCCUGAAGGUGUUCCAGAAGGAUGGGCCCUUGGUAUAUUUUGACACCUCAAAUGAAGAUGAUUGCAACUGGAUGAUGAUGGUGCGACCAGCCACUGAAUAUGAGCAUCAAAACUUAACUGCCUUCCAGCAUGACAAUGAUAUUUACUUCACCACCUCCCGGGACAUCCCACCAGGAACUGAGCUGCGAGUGUGGUAUGCAGCUUUUUACGCCAAAAAAAUGGAAAAGCCAGUGCUGAAGCAGGUCACUAGUAUUGCCAAUGAUAUGUGCUUGGUAGUAAUGGAAUCUGAUAAAGAGGGGAAUAAAAGCUCUUCAAAACCUUCGUCUGCUGUCUUCUCCCAUAAAAAAACGAAGAAAUCCAGCAUACCAGCAGCUGAUCCAGCAGUGAACACUCCAGAAGGUAGUGGAGCUGCAGAAGCAGAGUCCAGCCAGUGGACGUGUAAAGUGUGUUCGUCUGCUUUCCAGGAGCCUCAGCUGCUGACAGAGCACUUGCUGAGUCACCUGGAACAAGCUAAAGGUGCCCCCCAAACCACCCAAAACGAGGCUGUUGCAGAGAGACCAGCAGAGGCUUCCCCUGUGGAUCAGCCAGUGAUUUGUGAUGCAGCCAGUGCCAGUACAGACUCAAGGAGGAAGGCCAGGCGGGGAAGAAAGCCCAAAACAGCAAAAGCAGAAACACCUCUUGUCAUUGCUGAAGAGAAAGAUUCUGCGGCAGAACGUGUAGCUGACGUUGUAACUGAGGUCCCACCAGAAGAGGUAGCCCUGCCUUCAGCUGCAGAAGAGAGAAUUAUGGAAUUGGUUUUAGGAAAGAUGCCUAGCGCCACAAAUAGCAUCAGUUCAAAUAGGUUUGCUCAUCACCAAAACACCAUGUCCCUCAAAAGAAGUUUAAUUCUCUCCAGUAGACAUGGUAUACGACGGAAGCUGAUAAAACAACUUGGAGAGCACAAGCGAGUAUAUCAAUGCAGUAUAUGCAGUAAGAUCUUCCAGAACAGCAGCAACCUCAGCAGGCACAUCCGUUCUCAUGGUGACAAACUAUUUAAAUGUGAGGAAUGCGCAAAGCUGUUCAGCCGUAAAGAGAGCUUGAAGCAGCAUGUUUCAUACAAGCACAGCAGGAACGAAGUUGACAGUGAGUACAGAUACAAGUGCACCACGUGUGAAAAGGCCUUUCGGAUAGAGAGUGCAUUGGAAUUCCAUAACUGCAGGACUGAUGACAAGACAUUCCAGUGUGAGAUGUGUUUCAGAUUCUUUUCUACAAACAGUAAUCUUUCAAAACACAAGAAAAAGCAUGGGGAUAAGAAGUUUGCAUGUGAAAUCUGCAAUAAGAUGUUCUACCGGAAGGAUGUCAUGCUAGACCAUCAGAGACGACACUUGGAAGGGGUGAGGCGUGUGAAAAGAGAAGACUUUGAGCACAGCACGGAAAACAUGGUUCGCUACAAGAAGGAGCCUUCGGGAUGCCCUGUGUGCGGGAAGGUAUUUUCAUGUAGGAGCAAUAUGAACAAACACCUCUUAACACAUGGAGACAAGAAAUACACUUGUGAAAUCUGUGGACGUAAAUUUUUCAGGGUGGAUGUGUUGAGAGAUCACAUUCAUGUCCAUUUUAAGGACAUAGCACUAAUGGAUGAUCACCAGAGAGAAGAGUUCAUUGGUAAAAUUGGAAUCUCAUCAGAGGAAAACGAUGACAACUCUGAUGAAAGUGCAGAUUCUGAGCCUCACAAGUAUAGCUGCAAAAGGUGCCAGUUGACUUUUGGCAGAGGGAAGGAGUACCUGAAGCACAUAAUGGACGUGCACAAGGAGAAGGGCUAUGGCUGUAGCAUUUGUAACCGACGUUUUGCCUUGAAGGCAACUUACCAUGCACACAUGGUCAUUCAUCGGGAGAACCUGCCUGAUCCUAACGUGCAGAAAUACAUCCAUCCAUGUGAAAUCUGUGGAAGGAUUUUUAACAGUAUAGGAAAUCUGGAAAGACAUAAGCUUAUACAUACAGGUGUAAAAAGUCAUGCUUGUGAGCAAUGUGGCAAAUCAUUUGCUAGAAAAGACAUGUUAAAAGAACAUAUGCGAGUCCAUGAUAAUAUCCGAGAAUACUUGUGUGCAGAAUGUGGCAAAGGAAUGAAGACAAAACACGCACUUCGUCACCACAUGAAACUUCACAAAGGGAUUAAAGAAUAUGAGUGCAAGGAAUGUCACCGAAAAUUUGCACAGAAAGUCAACAUGCUGAAGCAUUACAAAAGACACACAGGAAUCAAAGAUUUCAUGUGUGAGCUCUGUGGCAAGACGUUUAGUGAGAGAAAUACAAUGGAGACUCAUAAGUUGAUUCAUACAGUAGGAAAACAGUGGACAUGUUCAGUCUGCGAUAAGAAGUAUGUCACUGAUUACAUGCUACAGAAGCACAUCCAGCUCACUCAUGAUAAGGUAGAAGCCCAGAGCUGCCAGCUGUGUGGGACAAAGGUUUCUACCAGAGCAUCCAUGAGUCGACAUAUGAGGCGUAAACAUCCAGAGAUUCUGUCAGUGAGGAUUGAUGAUUUAGAGCAGCUGCCAGAGACUACUACCAUUGAUGCCUCCUCAAUUGGGAUUGUUCAGCCGGAAUUAGCCUUGGAACAGGGAGAAUUACCAGAAGGGAAACAGCAUAUGAAAGCCCCUAAACGUGGCCAGAAACGAAAACAAAAGUCAGGUGAGGAGGAGGAAGCUCAAGUGCCUGAGGACCCUGCCUUCAGUGAAUACACAGAGAAGGAAGGUGAAUUUACAGGGAAUGUUGGAGAUGAGACAAAUUCAGCUGUACAGAGCAUCCAGCAGGUGGUGGUGACCCUUGGCGAUCCAAAUGUCACAGCCCCUUCCAGUUCUGUCGGGCUGACAAAUAUCACUGUUACCCCCAUUACGACGGCAGCUGGAACUCAAUUCACAAACCUCCAGCCAGUGGCUGUGGGCCAUCUAACUGCACCUGAACGCCAGUUACAGCUGGACAAUUCAAUUCUCACCGUGACGUUUGACACCGUCAGUGGUUCCGCCAUGCUGCACAACCGCCAAAAUGACAUUCAGAUCCAGCCACAGCCAGAGGCUGCCAAUCCUCAGUCUGUGGCCCAUUUUAUAAACCUGACCACCUUGGUGAACUCCAUUGCUCCUCUAGGGAACCAGAUAACGGAACAGCAUCCUCUGACAUGGAGGUCAGUGCCUCAGACUGACGUGUUGCAGCCCCAGGCACAGCCAACGCAACAGCAGUCAGGACAGCAACAGGUUCAAACAGAGCAACAGCAACAGAUGUAUAGCUACUAAUUUAUACUUUGAAAAGUUUUGAAAUGGACAGUACUUAGGGACAAAAACACACAGACAUUUGGUACAUUUCUAAUAGGAUUGUUUGCUGGAUACCAAACAGAGAUAGGAAAAUGUUUAUACAAUGAAAUGUAAGCUAAAAUUGGCAUAGCACCCUGCAACACCCUAAUCUUGAGAUUCUCAC